CGAAGCGAAGAUCGCCGACAAGAAACUGAACUUGUGGUUGAAAAACAGAAUAGAAAAAUCGCAGAACAUGAACGAAAGAUGGAGGAAAUGUCCAAAACUGUCAACCAAGUCGAACAAUUACGAGACCAGCUGGAAGAGUACACUCAUACCGAAGAAAAGCUGCACAAGAUGGAAAAUGCCAUUGAAAAGUAUAAAAAGCGACUAGAGGACAGCGCUGAUUUAAAGAGACAGAUCAAAGCACUUGAGGAACAAAAUGCUACUCUUAUGGAAAGAAACCAUCAAGUCGAAGAUGAGUAUCGUAAAGUGCUUGCUUUCAAGACGCUCAUGGACUCUUAUAAAGACCAAGUUCAUAACUUGGAG